CGUGACAUGACCGGAAGACACCCUGGGAUACGCGCAAGCUUAGUAAGGCGUCUGUAGUAGAGGGUGGAGCAAAAUGGCGGCUGCUGCUUCGAACGGCAACGGCAUGGAGGUGGAUGUGGCCGCUCUCCCCAGUGUGAUGGCUCAGGGGGUCACUGGCAGUGUGACAGUCGCUCUCCAUCCCCUCGUCAUAUUAAACAUCUCUGAUCACUGGAUUCGCAUGAGAUCCCAAGAGGGGCGACCGAUGCAGGUUAUUGGAGCCCUUAUCGGGAAGCAGGAGGGCAGGAACAUCGAGGUGAUGAACUCGUUUGAGCUCCUCUCUCAGAUUAAUGAUGAAAAGAUCACCAUUAAUAAAGAGUAUUAUUACACCAAGGAAGAACAAUUUAAGCAGGUGUUCAAGGACAUGGAGUUCCUAGGUUGGUAUACCACAGGAGGAACCCCGGAUCCAUCAGACAUUCACGUGCACAAGCAGGUCUGUGAGAUUAUCGAGUCUCCCCUAUUUCUGAAGCUAAAUCCCAUGACCAAACACACAGACCUUCCAGUCAGUGUCUAUGAGUCAGUGAUUGACAUCGUAAACGGGGAGGCCACCAUGCUGCUAGCAGAACUCUCCUACACGUUGGCCACAGAAGAAGCAGAGAGAAUCGGAGUGGAUCACGUGGCCAGGAUGACGGCGACAGGAAGUGGAGAGAACUCAACAGUGGCGGAGCAUCUCAUAGCUCAGCACAGCGCAAUCAAGAUGUUACACAGUCGUGUCCGGCUCAUUUUGGAAUAUGUUCGGGCAGCCGAGGGGGGAGAGGUGCCGUUUAAUCACGAGAUUUUGCGAGAAGCCUCCGCUCUGUGUCACUGCCUCCCUGUCCUCAGCACUGACAAGUUCAAGACAGACUUCUAUGAUCAAUGUAAUGACGUGGGUUUGAUGUCUUACCUGGGCACCAUCACUAAGACGUGCAACACCAUGAACCAGUUUGUUAACAAAUUCAACAUCCUUUACGACCGUCAGGGGAUUGGACGGCGCAUGCGGGGUCUCUUCUUCUAGGAUGGACUUAGUAGGACAAAUACACGGCUCCCGUGCCUGACGUUGUAGUAGGGUUGCACCGAAUCCAGGAUUCUGUUCAGGAUUCGGCCUUUUUUAGCAUGAUUUGGAUUUGGCCGAAUCCUUCUGUCUGACCUAAUUGAAUUUGCAUAUGCAAAUUAGGGGCGGAGAGUUUUGUCACAAAACAAGGAAGGAAAAAAUGUUUUCUCCUUCCCAUCUGUAAUUUACAUAUGCAAAUUAGGAUUUGGAUUCGGUAUUCAGCCAAAUCCAUGAUAUGGGAUUCGGUGCAUCCCUACUUUGUAGUAGAAUUUAUCCGAAGCAAAGUGGACAAUACAGCUUUACGCUGGGCCGCGUACCAUAUUUAUCAAACUCUCUGUUGGUUUGUGACCAGCACUUGGGGAGCAUUCCCAUCUGUUAAGGGCAGAGACGCACGCUUAGAUUCGUGGAGAUUAGUCGCCUGUUGAUAAAUCUCCUCUUCUUCGGGGCGACUAAUCUCCCCGAACUGCCGGCUUGAUGGCAAUCGGUGCGCUUCGUUCAUGAGGAAACUUCAGGCUCCUUUGGAAAACAAAUCGCUCCGGCGGGGAGGCAGUUCGGGGAGAUUAGUUGCUCCGAAGAAGAGGUGAUUUAUCACUGGGUGAUUACAUCUCCCCGAAUCUUUGCGUGUGCCCUUACCCUUAAACGUAAGUUACUGACGCAUCUAUUGACGCUUUUCUGCUCGGCUCUUUCAUUGCUGUAAGAUUAAACAACAGAAUGGUGCAGAUAAACAGCAGGAGACACUUCUUGGCAUCGGUAUAUUGAUAUUUUGCUGUUUAGUCUGGCCCACGCCUGCUGAUUCAUCUAUUAUUACAAUAUGGAUAGGACAGGACAAUGCCCUUUAACGUUUGUACGGAAUGUGGGUGGGAACAAAAGAAGUGCCGUGUAACACAUUUAUUUGAAGGAAUUCGAUACAGUUGUACAGUUGUGAUUCUUGCUGGCAGAUGUUGAUGAGCCUUUGAGAAUAAAGGAAUAUCACAAA